AUGGAGGAGAGCAGGAAUGAAGUAAGUAGCAGCAAGAGCAGCGUGUUCAGACGUGAUUUAUGCAUUACAACAUCUGAUUCCGACGGCUCGCCAGAAAGAUUUGACAAGCGUGAAUCAGAAGGUGCAUCCUCUAGUGUAUGUGGCCGGAGCAGUUGUUUGAAACGACGUCAUUCGCGUAAUCCACAACGUAAUCAGGUUACUUGGUCCUUCUCAAGAAUCCGUGCAUCAAGAGGGCUACUUCUUUCAAGUGCAGAAGGAAUAGGUCGCAAAUCGUGUUUGCAUAGUAGCAGCAUUGGUUCGUCAUCAUCAUCCAACACGUCUCCCUCAGGCUCACCAUCACGUAGUUCGGGCGCUGAACGCGUCCGUGUUUACCAAAGCACACCACCGUUACAGCCUGCAUUAAAACAAGCUACGACGAAAAAGGAUUUAUGCAGAAGUCAGCGAUCGAUGUCCCUGGGAAGUGCUGCUCAUGAAUCACUCCUGGCAGCAGUAGCUUCAUCUUCACAGGGUCCUAAACAUACUGUCGAUAUGAGUCAUGCAGAAAAUGGAGAUAAAGUGGUAUUGCUCGUCGAAAAUACAAGAUUUGUGGUUGAUCCGGCUGUGUUGAUUGCCAAACCAGAUACUAUGCUUGGACGAAUGUUCACUGUACGUGCGCAACGUCAAGAUGGUGUUGAACUUGUACGACCUAAUGAUCAAAACGAAUAUGAAGUAGCUGAUGGACUUUCUGCUUCUUGCUUUCGUGCAAUUUUAGAAUACUAUCACGUUGGGAAAAUGCGCUGUCCACCGUCAGUGGCAGUCUCGGAACUACGUGAAGCUUGUGAUUAUCUUUUGGUACCAUUUAAUGCCCGUACCGUACAGUGCCAUAAUCUUCGUUCAUUUUUGCACGAAUUAAGCAAUGAAGGUGCUAGACAACAAUUUACUGCCUUUCUCGAAGAAACUAUUCUGCCACAAAUGAUUGUUAGUACUGAGCAUGGAGAUCGUGAAUGUCACAUCGUAGUACUAUUGGAUGAUGAUGUAGUUGAUUGGGAUGAACUUUAUCCUCCACAGAUGGGCGAGGACACGACGCAGGUCGUUUAUAGUACUCAUCUUUAUCGUUUCUUCAAAUAUGCCGAAAAUCGCGAUGUGGCAAAACAAGUUUUGAAGGAACGUGGACUCAAGAAGAUUCGACUUGGUAUGGAAGGAUAUCCGACCCACAAAGAGAAAAUAAAGCGACGUUUUAAUAAAGCCGAAGUUAUUUACAAUUACGUCCAACGGCCAUUUGUUCAUUGUUCAUGGGAAAAAGAAGAAGCACGUUCACGUCAUGUUGAUUUUGCAUGUCCUAUUGUGAAAAGCAAAUCAAAUCCAAGUUUGGCAAGUGCUGCAAGUGAUCCUAUCCCACAGCCAGCACCUUUGCAACUUAAUAUAGCAACUACUGCAUCUACAUCAAGUGGCGCUGGAAAUGGGGCAUUUAAUUUGCCACUUGUACAGCAUUCAAUAUUUUCUGGUGCUAAUGCUUCACAUUUUGUACAUCAUAUAACUAGCCAGAAUUUGCAUUCUGUUCAUUCACCACCAGUACAGAAUGUUAGGUCAACUUCGACGACGGUCGGAACAGAAAGUUCUCAAACCUCUUCAUCAAGUGGUUCGAAUCAUACUAUAACAGCUGAUGGAAAACGCUAG